GUAGAGGAUGUUGGUGAUGAAGGAGAAGAAGAAAAAGAAUUCAUUUCCUAUAAUAUCAAUAUAGACAUUCAUUAUGGAGUCAAGUCCAACAGCUUGGCAUUCAUUAAACGCACUCCAGUCAUUGAUGCAGACAAACCAGUGUCUUCCCAGCUCCGCGUUCUCACGCUCAGCGAGGACUCCCCUUAUGAAACCUUGCAUUCUUUCAUUAGCAAUGCGGUGGCUCCUUUCUUUAAGUCCUACAUCAGAGAGUCUGGCAAGGCAGACAGGGAUGGUGAUAAAAUGGCUCCUUCAGUUGAAAAAAAGAUUGCAGAACUUGAAAUGGGACUCCUUCACCUGCAGCAAAACAUUGAAAUUCCAGAGAUCAGCCUGCCAAUUCAUCCAAUUAUUACAAAUGUCGCAAAGCAGUGUUAUGAGCGUGGAGAAAAGCCCAAAGUUACAGACUUUGGAGAUAAGGUUGAAGACCCAACUUUUCUCAAUCAGCUACAAUCCGGAGUUAACCGCUGGAUCCGAGAAAUUCAGAAAGUGACCAAACUUGACCGAGACCCUGCUUCGGGAACGGCCUUACAAGAAAUCAGUUUUUGGCUGAACUUGGAACGUGCGUUGUACCGCAUACAGGAGAAGCGCGAGAGCCCCGAGGUCCUGCUUACGCUGGAUAUCCUGAAGCAUGGCAAGCGCUUCCAUGCCACUGUCAGUUUCGACACUGACACAGGUCUAAAACAGGCUUUGGAAACCGUGAAUGACUACAACCCUCUGAUGAAAGAUUUCCCUCUGAACGAUUUGCUGUCUGCCACUGAGCUGGACAAGAUCAGGCAGGCUCUUGUGGCGAUCUUCACCCAUUUGAGAAAGAUCCGGAACACGAAGUAUCCCAUCCAGAGGGCCCUGCGCUUGGUGGAGGCCAUUUCAAGAGACUUGAGUUCCCAGUUACUCAAAGUGUUGGGCACUAGAAAACUAAUGCAUGUUGCUUACGAAGAAUUUGAAAAAGUUAUGGUUGCGUGCUUUGAAGUGUUUCAGACUUGGGAUGAUGAAUAUGAGAAACUUCAGGUGUUGUUGAGAGACAUUGUCAAACGGAAACGGGAAGAAAAUCUGAAGAUGGUGUGGCGAAUCAACCCUGCCCACAGGAAGCUUCAGGCUCGCCUAGACCAGAUGAGGAAGUUUCGACGGCAGCACGAACAGCUGAGAGCAGUCAUCGUCAGGGUCCUGAGGCCACAGGUCACAGCGGUUGCACAGCAGAAUCAAGGGGAGGUCCCUGAACCCCAGGAUAUGAAAGUAGCUGAGGUUCUUUUUGAUGCCGCUGAUGCGAAUGCUAUUGAGGAGGUAAACCUCGCCUACGAGAAUGUCAAGGAAGUGGAUGGACUGGAUGUUUCCAAAGAAGGCACAGAGGCGUGGGAGGCCGCCAUGAAGAGAUACGACGAGAGGAUUGACAGGGUGGAGACCCGGAUCACUGCUCGCCUUCGCGAUCAGCUCGGCACGGCCAAGAAUGCUAACGAGAUGUUUAGGAUUUUCUCCAGGUUCAACGCACUGUUUGUCAGGCCUCACAUCCGAGGGGCCAUCCGUGAAUACCAGACCCAGCUAAUCCAGCGCGUGAAAGACGACAUCGAGUCUCUUCACGACAAGUUCAAAGUCCAGUACCCACAGAGUCAGGCGUGUAAGAUGAGCCACGUGCGCGAUCUGCCGCCUGUGUCUGGGUCCAUCAUCUGGGCAAAGCAGAUUGACAGACAGCUGACCGCCUACAUGAAGCGUGUGGAGGACGUCCUGGGCAAGGGCUGGGAGAACCACGUGGAGGGGCAGAAGCUGAAGCAGGAUGGCGACAGUUUCCGAAUGAAGCUCAACACUCAAGAAAUAUUUGACGACUGGGCCCGGAAGGUGCAGCAGCGGAACCUGGGCGUCUCGGGGCGCAUCUUCACCAUCGAAAGCACCAGGGUUCGUGGCCGAUCGGGGAACGUCCUCAAGCUUAAGGUCAACUUCCUCCCCGAGAUUAUCACACUUUCAAAAGAAGUUCGAAACCUCAAGUGGCUUGGUUUCCGAGUCCCUCUGGCGAUUGUGAACAAGGCUCAUCAAGCCAACCAGCUCUACCCGUUUGCCAUCUCCCUGAUUGAGAGCGUGCGCACCUACGAGCGCACCUGUGAGAAGGUGGAGGAACGGAACACCAUCUCUCUGCUGGUGGCCGGCCUGAAGAAGGAGGUGCAGGCCCUGAUCGCAGAGGGCAUCGCCUUGGUGUGGGAGUCCUACAAACUCGACCCAUACGUGCAGCGGCUGGCGGAGACUGUCUUCAACUUCCAGGAAAAGGUGGAUGAUCUGCUGAUUAUUGAAGAAAAAAUAGACCUGGAAGUGCGUUCCCUGGAAACCUGUCUGUACGAUCACAAGACUUUCUCAGAGAUCCUGAACAGGGUCCAGAAAGCUGUGGACGACCUGAACCUGCACUCGUACUCCAACCUGCCCAUCUGGGUCAACAAGCUGGACAUGGAGAUUGAAAGAAUACUGGGUGUCCGCCUGCAAGCUGGCCUCAGAGCUUGGACCCAGGUGCUUCUUGGACAAGCUGAAGAUAAAUCAGAAGUUGACAUGGACACAGAUGCGCCACAAGUUAGUCACAAGCCUGGUGGAGAGCCAAAGAUCAAGAAUGUCGUUCACGAGCUCAGAAUAACCAAUCAGGUCAUCUACUUGAACCCACCCAUCGAAGAGUGCAGGUACAAGCUGUAUCAGGAGAUGUUUGCCUGGAAGAUGAUCGUGCUGUCCCUCCCCAGGAUCCAGAGUCAGAGGUACCAGGUGGGCGUACAUUACGAACUGACGGAAGAGGAGAAGUUCUAUCGGAAUGCUUUGACACGGAUGCCGGAUGGCCCCGUGGCCCUGGAAGAGUCCUACUCUGCAGUCAUGGGCAUCGUAACUGAAGUCGAGCAGUACGUCAAGGUUUGGCUCCAGUACCAGUGCUUGUGGGAUAUGCAGGCCGAGAACAUCUAUAACAGACUCGGGGAAGACCUCAACAAGUGGCAAGCUCUCUUGGUUCAGAUAAGGAAGGCCAGAGGGACCUUUGACAACGCGGAAACCAAGAAAGAGUUUGGGCCCGUGGUCAUAGAUUAUGGCAAGGUGCAGUCCAAGGUGAACUUGAAGUACGACUCCUGGCAUAAGGAGGUUCUCAGCAAGUUUGGGCAGAUGCUUGGAUCCAACAUGACAGAAUUCCACACGCAGAUCUCCAAGUCUCGCCAAGAGCUGGAGCAGCACUCGGUGGACACCGCCAGCACCUCGGACGCGGUCACCUUCAUCACCUACGUGCAGUCUUUGAAACGGAAGAUCAAGCAGUUUGAGAAGCAAGUUGAGCUCUACCGCAAUGGUCAGCGCUUGCUGGAAAAGCAGAGGUUCCAGUUCCCUCCCUCCUGGCUUUAUAUUGACAACAUCGAGGGCGAGUGGGGGGCCUUCAAUGACAUCAUGCGGCGGAAGGACUCUGCCAUUCAGCAGCAGGUGGCAAACCUGCAGAUGAAGAUCGUCCAGGAGGACCGGGCCGUGGAAAGCCGCACCACCGACCUGCUGACCGACUGGGAGAAGACCAAGCCCGUCACGGGCAAUCUCCGCCCGGAGGAGGCGCUGCAGGCUCUCACCAUCUACGAGGGCAAGUUCGGCAGGCUGAAGGACGACCGGGAGAAGUGUGCGAAGGCCAAGGAAGCGCUGGAACUGACGGACACGGGACUCCUGAGCGGCAGCGAAGAGCGUGUCCAGGUGGCCCUCGAGGAAUUACAGGAUCUCAAGGGCGUUUGGUCGGAACUCUCCAAGGUCUGGGAGCAGAUUGAUCAGAUGAAGGAGCAGCCGUGGGUGUCGGUGCAGCCUCGGAAGCUUCGGCAGAAUUUGGAUGGCCUCCUGAACCAGCUGAAAAACUUCCCCGCCCGCUUGCGGCAGUACGCGUCCUACGAGUUCGUCCAGCGGCUCCUGAAAGGCUACCUGAAGAUCAACAUGCUGGUGAUCGAGCUGAAGUCCGAGGCCCUGAAGGAUCGCCACUGGAAGCAGCUGAUGAAGAGGCUGCACGUGAACUGGGUGGUGUCGGAGCUCACCCUCGGGCAGAUCUGGGACGUCGACCUGCAGAAGAACGAAGCCAUCGUGAAGGAUGUGCUGCUCGUGGCGCAGGGGGAGAUGGCGUUGGAGGAGUUUUUGAAGCAGAUAAGAGAAGUGUGGAACACGUACGAGUUAGACUUGGUUAACUACCAGAACAAGUGUCGCUUGAUUCGCGGCUGGGACGACCUCUUCAACAAGGUCAAAGAGCACAUCAACAGCGUCUCUGCCAUGAAGCUGUCUCCAUACUACAAGGUUUUCGAGGAGGACGCCCUGAGCUGGGAAGACAAGCUGAAUCGCAUCAUGGCCCUCUUUGACGUGUGGAUCGACGUGCAGAGGCGCUGGGUCUACCUGGAAGGCAUCUUCACGGGCAGCGCGGAUAUCAAGCACCUGCUGCCCGUGGAAACCCAGCGGUUCCAGAGCAUCAGCACGGAGUUUUUGGCGCUCAUGAAAAAAGUAUCCAAGUCUCCCCUGGUGAUGGAUGUUCUCAACAUCCAGGGGGUGCAGAGGUCUCUGGAGAGGCUGGCAGACCUGCUGGGGAAGAUCCAGAAAGCACUGGGCGAGUACCUGGAAAGGGAGCGGUCAUCUUUCCCCAGGUUCUAUUUUGUGGGUGACGAGGAUUUGCUUGAAAUCAUUGGAAACAGCAAGAAUGUCGCUAAGUUACAGAAGCACUUCAAGAAGAUGUUCGCCGGCGUUUCCAGCAUCAUCCUGAACGAGGACAACUCUGUCGUCCUGGGCAUUUCAUCCCGAGAAGGAGAGGAGGUUAUAUUUAAAACUCCCGUGUCAAUUACCGAGCAUCCCAAAAUCAACGAGUGGCUCACGCUGGUGGAGAAGGAGAUGAGAGUCACAUUGGCCAAGCUCCUGGCUGAGUCUGUGACGGAGGUUGAGAUUUUUGGUAAAGCCACUUCAAUCGACCCCAAUACCUACAUCACUUGGAUCGAUAAAUACCAGGCCCAGCUUGUGGUUUUGUCGGCCCAGAUAGCCUGGUCUGAAAAUGUGGAGACAGCCCUAAGCAGCACGGGCGGGAACGGGGACGCAGCAACCCUGCAGUCCGUGCUGAGCAACGUGGAGGUCACCCUCAACGUGCUGGCCGACUCAGUCCUCAUGGAGCAGCCCCCGCUGCGCCGGCGGAAGCUGGAGCACUUGAUUACAGAGCUGGUUCACCAGAGAGACGUCACCCGGGCCCUGAUCAAAAGCAAGAUCGACAACAGCAAGUCUUUCGAAUGGCUCCGCCAGAUGCGGUUUUACUUCGACCCCAAGCAGACGGACGUGUUACAGCAGCUGUCCAUCCAGAUGGCAAACGCCAAGUUUAACUAUGGCUUUGAGUACCUGGGAGUCCAGGACAAGCUGGUGCAGACGCCCCUCACUGACCGCUGCUACCUGACCAUGACGCAAGCCCUGGAGGCCAGGCUGGGCGGGUCUCCGUUUGGGCCUGCUGGGACCGGGAAGACCGAGUCUGUCAAGGCCCUUGGCCAUCAGCUGGGACGCUUUGUUUUGGUUUUCAACUGUGACGAAACCUUUGAUUUCCAGGCGAUGGGACGCAUCUUUGUGGGCCUUUGCCAAGUGGGAGCGUGGGGCUGCUUUGACGAGUUCAACCGCCUGGAGGAGCGGAUGCUGUCGGCCGUGUCCCAGCAGGUGCAGUGCAUCCAGGAAGCGCUGCGGGAGCACUCCAACCCCAACUUCGAUAAGACCUCUGCCCCCAUUACUUGUGAGCUGCUGAACAAACAAGUCAAGGUGAGCCCGGACAUGGCCAUCUUCAUCACCAUGAACCCUGGCUACGCGGGCAGGUCCAACCUCCCAGACAACUUGAAGAAGCUGUUCCGGAGCUUGGCCAUGACCAAGCCCGACCGGCAACUGAUUGCCCAGGUCAUGCUGUACUCACAGGGCUUCCGCACGGCCGAAGUCCUUGCCAACAAGAUCGUCCCCUUCUUUAAGCUGUGUGAUGAGCAGCUCUCUUCUCAGAGCCAUUACGACUUUGGGCUUCGAGCUUUGAAGAGUGUGCUGGUGAGUGCGGGUAACGUGAAGAGAGAGAGGAUUCAGAAGAUAAAGAGGGAGAAGGAAGAACGAGGCGAAGUAGUGGAUGAAGGAGAGAUUGCAGAAAAUCUACCUGAACAGGAGAUUCUGAUCCAGAGCGUCUGUGAGACGAUGGUGCCAAAGCUGGUGGCGGAAGACAUCCCGCUGCUCUUCAGUCUCCUGUCGGACGUGUUCCCCGGCGUCCAGUACCACCGCGGGGAGAUGACCGCACUGCGGGAGGAGCUGAAGAAAGUGUGUCAGGAGAUGUACCUGACGUAUGGAGACGGGGAAGAAGUUGGCGGAAUGUGGGUUGAAAAGGUCCUCCAGCUCUACCAGAUCACCCAGAUCAACCACGGCCUGAUGAUGGUGGGGCCCUCGGGGAGCGGGAAGAGCAUGGCCUGGCGCGUUCUUCUCAAGGCUUUGGAGAGACUCGAGGGGGUGGAAGGCGUUGCCCACAUCAUCGACCCCAAGGCCAUCAGCAAAGACCACCUGUACGGGACCCUGGACCCCAACACCAGGGAAUGGACCGAUGGGCUGUUCACACAUGUCCUGAGAAAGAUCAUCGACAACGUGCGGGGCGAGCUGCAGAAGCGCCAGUGGGUCAUCUUCGACGGCGACGUGGACCCGGAGUGGGUGGAGAACCUGAACUCGGUGCUGGAUGACAACAAGCUCCUGACUCUGCCCAAUGGCGAGCGCCUCAGCCUCCCACCCAAUGUAAGCACUUCCUCUGUCGCGGCCCGUCCCAUCCCAACUGCAGACCGAGUGCCCGCAGAGCCCGGCCCUGGAGACGCUUCCGGGGGGAGCAGCUGGUUGUGCAGAUACCUCAGUCAGCCUGCACGCUGGGUAUUCACGCCCAGGGCUAGUGAGAAGCGUCUCACAGGGCUUAUACGUAACUCUCCACGAUCUGAAUAUUCAGCACAUUCAGCCCGUCCUACGACCCCGGACAGGUGGCAGGAGAAGUGGCAGGUGCUGGUGUGUGCGAGGGAAGCAAGGGGCAGCAGCUGGCGUGGAAGAACGAGGGGAGAAGGCAGUGAGAUCACAGAGGACAUGGGCCUCUGGGUCCUUGUGAGGACUGAGCCUGCCCGCCGGUUUGCCCACGGCUGGGUUAGAGCAAGCCUGCGCUGUUUUAAUUCUUUCUCAGGUGCUUUGCAUCUACUGUUAGGUGUCAGGCUCAGACCUGAGCUGUUUGGUGUGAGCUCAGGUGACUGGCGUGAAGCCUGUGUAGGUGGGUUAGGGAGCAGGUUGGGGUCCGGCCCAGGACGGGUACCGCGCUGGGCACCGCUCCUCACCGGGAGUCUGAGCCCGCUGUUUUUGCACAGAUUCUUGCGUCACGUGCCUGUGGUGUACGUGGAUUACCCGGGACCCGCCUCGCUGACGCAGAUCUACGGCACCUUCAACCGGGCCAUGCUGCGGCUCAUCCCGUCGCUGCGCACGUAUGCGGAGCCGCUCACCGCCGCCAUGGUGGAGUUCUACACCAUGUCUCAGGAGAGGUUCACCCAGGACACACAGCCCCACUACAUCUACUCGCCCCGCGAGAUGACGAGGUGGGUGCGGGGCAUCUUCGAGGCCCUGCGGCCGCUGGAGACUCUGCCUGUGGAAGGGCUCAUCAGAAUCUGGGCCCAUGAAGCCCUGCGCCUCUUCCAAGACAGGCUUGUGGAGGACGAGGAACGGCGCUGGACCGACGAGAACAUCGACAUGGUGGCUCUGAAGCACUUCCCCAACAUCGACAAGGAGAGAGCCAUGAGCCGGCCCAUCCUGUACAGCAACUGGCUGUCCAAGGAUUACAUCCCAGUAGACCAAGAAGAGUUAAGAGAUUAUGUCAAAGCGAGGCUGAAAGUCUUCUAUGAAGAAGAACUUGACGUUCCUCUGGUCCUAUUUAAUGAAGUGCUGGACCAUGUGCUCAGGAUCGACCGAAUAUUCCGCCAGCCUCAAGGCCACUUGCUUCUGAUUGGGGUCAGUGGAGCGGGAAAAACCACCCUGUCCCGAUUCGUGGCCUGGAUGAACGGUUUGAGUGUGUACCAGAUCAAGGUCCACAGGAAGUACACGGGGGAAGACUUUGACGAAGACCUUCGGACAGUGCUGAGACGUUCUGGCUGCAAAAAUGAAAAGAUAGCGUUUAUAAUGGACGAGUCCAACGUGUUGGAUUCUGGAUUCCUGGAGCGAAUGAAUACACUUCUGGCCAAUGGAGAGGUCCCUGGUCUGUUUGAAGGCGAUGAGUACGCCACCUUGAUGACCCAGUGCAAAGAGGGGGCCCAGAAGGAGGGCCUGAUGCUGGACUCGCACGAGGAGCUGUACAAGUGGUUCACCAGCCAGGUCAUCCGCAACCUCCACGUCGUCUUCACCAUGAACCCGUCCUCCGAGGGGCUCAAGGACCGCGCGGCCACGUCCCCGGCUCUUUUCAACAGGUGUGUGUUGAACUGGUUUGGGGACUGGUCCACGGAAGCGCUCUAUCAAGUUGGCAAAGAAUUCACCAGCAAGAUGGACCUGGAGAAGCCGAAUUACAUUGUGCCCGACUACAUGCCGGUCGUGUACGACAAACUGCCGCAGCCACCGUCACACCGGGAGGCCAUCGUGAACAGCUGUGUGUUUGUCCACCAGACUCUUCACCAGGCUAAUGCUCGGCUCGCCAAGCGGGGUGGCAGGACGAUGGCCAUCACGCCUCGCCACUACCUGGACUUCAUCAACCACUACGCCAACCUGUUCCACGAGAAGCGCAGCGAGCUGGAGGAGCAGCAGAUGCACCUGAACGUCGGGCUCAGGAAGAUCAAGGAGACCGUGGACCAGGUAGAAGAGCUGCGUCGUGACUUGAGGAUAAAGAGCCAAGAGCUGGAGGUGAAGAACGCGGCUGCCAAUGACAAGCUGAAGAAGAUGGUGAAGGACCAGCAAGAGGCCGAAAAGAAAAAGGUCAUGAGCCAGGAAAUCCAGGAGCAGCUGCACAAGCAGCAGGAGGUCAUCGCAGACAAGCAGAUGAGCGUCAAGGAAGACCUGGACAAGGUGGAGCCCGCCGUCAUCGAGGCCCAGAACGCUGUGAAGUCCAUCAAGAAGCAGCACCUGGUGGAGGUGCGGUCCAUGGCCAACCCCCCUGCCGCCGUGAAGCUGGCGCUCGAGUCCAUCUGUCUGCUGCUGGGCGAGAGCACCACGGACUGGAAGCAGAUCCGCUCCAUCAUCAUGCGGGAGAACUUCAUCCCCACCAUCGUGAACUUCUCUGCCGAGGAGAUCAGUGAUGCCAUAAGGGAGAAGAUGAAGAAAAACUACAUGUCCAACCCGAGCUACAACUAUGAAAUUGUGAACCGGGCUUCCCUGGCCUGCGGGCCGAUGGUGAAGUGGGCCAUCGCACAGCUCAACUACGCAGACAUGCUGAAGCGCGUGGAGCCUCUGCGCAACGAGCUGCAGAAGCUGGAGGACGACGCCAAGGACAACCAGCAGAAGGCCAACGAGGUGGAGCAGAUGAUCCGGGACCUGGAGGCCAGCAUUGCCCGCUACAAGGAGGAGUACGCGGUGCUCAUCUCCGAGGCCCAGGCCAUCAAAGCAGACCUGGCCGCUGUUGAGGCGAAAGUAAACCGGAGCACUGCCCUUCUGAAGAGUCUGUCUGCUGAACGCGAACGAUGGGAAAAAACAAGCGAAACCUUCAAAAACCAGAUGUCGACCAUCGCUGGGGACUGUCUCCUGUCGGCGGCGUUCAUUGCUUACGCGGGUUACUUCGACCAGCAGAUGAGGCAGAACCUGUUCACCACUUGGUCCCACCACCUGCAGCAGGCCAAUAUCCAGUUCCGCACAGACAUCGCCAGGACGGAGUACCUUUCCAAUGCUGACGAGCGCCUCCGCUGGCAGGCCAGCUCCUUACCUGCCGACGACCUGUGCACAGAAAACGCCAUCAUGCUCAAACGCUUCAACAGGUACCCGCUGAUCAUCGACCCCUCGGGACAGGCCACGGAGUUCAUCAUGAACGAGUACAAGGACCGCAAGAUCACGCGGACCAGCUUCCUGGACGACGCCUUCAGGAAGAACCUGGAGAGCGCGCUGCGGUUCGGGAACCCGCUGCUGGUCCAGGACGUGGAAAGCUACGACCCGGUGUUGAAUCCGGUGCUGAACCGCGAGGUGCGGCGCACGGGAGGGAGAGUGCUGAUCACCCUCGGGGACCAGGACAUUGACCUGUCCCCCUCCUUCGUCAUCUUCCUGUCCACCCGCGACCCAACCGUGGAGUUCCCUCCAGACCUCUGCUCCCGGGUCACCUUCGUCAACUUCACCGUCACCCGCAGCAGCUUACAAAGCCAGUGUCUCAAUGAGGUGCUCAAAGCAGAAAGACCUGACGUGGACGAGAAACGCUCCGACCUUCUUAAGCUCCAAGGGGAGUUCCAGCUCCGCCUGCGGCAGCUGGAGAAGUCCCUGCUGCAGGCGCUCAACGAGGUGAAGGGGCGCAUCCUGGACGACGACACCAUCAUCACGACGCUGGAGAACCUCAAGCGGGAGGCCGCCGAGGUGACGCGCAAGGUCGAGGAGACCGACAUCGUGAUGCAGGAGGUGGAGACGGUGUCCCAGCAGUACCUGCCGCUGUCCACCGCCUGCAGCAGCAUCUACUUCACCAUGGAGUCCCUGAAGCAGAUACACUUCCUGUACCAGUACUCGCUGCAGUUCUUCCUGGACAUCUACCACAACGUCCUGUACGAGAACCCCAACCUGAAGGGCAUCACGGACCACACGCAGCGCCUCUCCAUCAUCACCAAGGACCUCUUCCAGGUGGCGUUCAACAGGGUGGCCAGGGGCAUGCUGCACCAGGACCACAUCACCUUCGCCAUGCUGCUGGCCAGGAUCAAGCUGAAGGGCACCCUCGGGGAGCCCACCUACGAUGCGGAGUUCCAGCACUUCCUGCGAGGGAAGGAGAUCGUGCUGACGGCCGGCUCCACGCCCACCAUCCAGGGCCUGACUGUGGAGCAGGCGGAAGCCGUCGUGAGGCUGAGCUGCCUCCCUGCGUUCAGAGACCUGAUCGCCAAGGUUCAGGCCGACGAGCAAUUUGGCAUCUGGCUGGACAGCAGCUCCCCCGAGCAGACGGUGCCCUACCUCUGGAGUGAAGAGAGCCCCGCAACGCCCAUCGGGCAAGCCAUCCACCGCCUGCUCCUGAUCCAGGCUUUCCGCCCCGACCGCCUGCUGGCCAUGGCCCACGUGUUUGUCUCCACAAACCUCGGGGAGUCCUUCAUGUCCAUCAUGGAGCAGCCGCUCGACCUGACGCACAUCGUGGACACGGAGGUAAAGCCGAACACGCCUGUCCUCAUGUGCUCCGUGCCUGGUUAUGAUGCCAGCGGGCACGUGGAAGACCUGGCAGCCGAGCAGAACACGCAGAUCACAUCCAUCGCGAUCGGCUCAGCAGAAGGCUUCAACCAAGCGGACAAGGCCAUCAACACGGCGGUGAAGUCGGGCAGGUGGGUGAUGCUGAAGAACGUGCACCUGGCCCCGGGGUGGCUGAUGCAGCUCGAGAAGAAGCUGCACUCCCUGCAGCCGCACGCCUGCUUCCGGCUCUUCCUCACCAUGGAGAUCAACCCCAAGGUGCCCGUGAACCUGCUCCGAGCCGGCCGCAUCUUCGUGUUUGAGCCGCCCCCGGGGGUGAAGGCCAACAUGCUGAGGACAUUCAGCAGCAUCCCCGUCGCACGGAUAUGCAAGUCUCCCAACGAGCGUGCGCGCUUGUACUUCCUGCUGGCCUGGUUCCACGCCAUCAUCCAGGAACGCUUACGGUAUGCUCCCCUGGGCUGGUCAAAGAAGUACGAGUUCGGGGAGUCGGACCUGCGGUCAGCCUGCGACACCGUGGACACGUGGCUGGAUGACACGGCAAAGGGGCGGCAGAACAUCUCGCCGGAUAAGAUCCCCUGGUCCGCGCUGAAGACCUUGAUGGCCCAGUCCAUCUACGGCGGGCGCGUGGACAACGAGUUUGACCAGCGUCUGCUCAACACCUUCCUGGAGCGCCUGUUCACCACGAAGAGUUUCGACAGCGAGUUCAAGCUGGCCUGCAAGGUCGACGGGCACAAGGACAUCCAGAUGCCGGACGGCAUCAGGCGAGAGGAGUUCGUGCAGUGGGUGGAGCUGCUCCCCGACACCCAGACGCCCUCCUGGCUGGGCCUGCCCAACAACGCCGAGAGAGUCCUCCUCACCACCCAGGGCGUGGACAUGAUCAGCAAGAUGCUAAAGAUGCAGAUGCUGGAGGACGAGGACGACCUGGCCUACGCGGAGACCGAGAAGAAGGUGCGGGCGGACUCCACGUCCGACGGGCGCCCCGCCUGGAUGAGGACGCUGCACACCACCGCCUCCAACUGGCUGCACCUCAUCCCCCAGACGCUGAGCCAUCUCAAGCGAACAGUGGACAACAUCAAGGACCCUUUGUUCCGAUUCUUCGAGAGAGAAGUGAAGAUGGGCGCCAAGUUGCUGCAGGAUGUCCGCCAGGAUCUCGCGGACGUCGUCCAAGUGUGCGAAGGGAAGAAGAAGCAGACCAACUACCUGCGCACGCUCAUAAACGAGCUGGUGAAAGGGAUCUUGCCGCGCAGCUGGUCCCACUACACGGUACCUGCGGGCAUGACCGUCAUCCAGUGGGUGUCUGACUUCAGCGAGAGGAUCAAACAGCUACAGAAUAUUUCUCUGGCGGCUGCGUCUGGCGGCGCCAAGGAGCUGAAGAACAUCCACGUGUGUCUGGGUGGCCUGUUUGUGCCCGAGGCGUACAUCACCGCCACGAGGCAGUACGUGGCCCAGGCCAAUAGCUGGUCCCUGGAGGAGCUCUGCCUGGAGGUCAAUGUCACCACUUCGCAGAACACCACCCUGGACGCCUGCAGCUUUGGGGUCACGGGUCUGAAGCUGCAGGGGGCCAUGUGCAGCAACAACAAGCUCUCGCUCUCCAACGCCAUCUCCACGGUCCUGCCCCUCACACAGCUGCGCUGGGUCAAGCAGACAAACGCAGAGAAGAAGGCUAGUGUGGUGACCUUACCCGUCUACCUGAACUUCACCCGGGCAGACCUCAUCUUCACGGUGGACUUUGAAAUCGCCACCAAGGAAGACCCUCGCAGCUUCUACGAGCGUGGGGUCGCCGUCCUGUGCACGGAGUGAACGACGUUUCCCAGCUCCCGUCUGUAGGGGACGAUGCAAUAUUUAACACGGACUCAUUCUCAUUCUUAAACCUUCGAAAGGCAUGCACUUGUCAGAGCCAGGUCGUCGGUUUGAGGCUGGAGGAGCGUGAGGACGGACGGUCAGGACUGGUGGGAGGUGAGGUGGACGGGCCCAGGCACGUGUUUUGAGGGUCGAUGGCAUGGCUUGUUUUAUUAAAUAAAACACUAAGCAUGA